AUGGCCCCUUCACCCGUUCCCUUUCCCUCGUCUCCAGAGAGGCUGACGGUUUCUCCAACCUCCUCCAACAACAAGGACCACAGACGCCGUCGGUCCUCGUCGAUCAUCUCGCAUGUGGAGCCAGAGACUUUUGAUGUCAAACAGGACCAAGAUAUCCAGUCCAACCUGAAUGCCAACUGGGUCCAUUUCAAAGGCGCGUGGGUGGUCCACAUAGUGAUAAUUAUACUGCUGAAGGUGUUCUACGACCUGAUCCUCAUCCCAUGGCAAUUCAGCACCGAGACCAGCUGGACACUCACCAACUUGACUUAUGGAAUUGGAAGCUACAUAAUGUUCCACCAGGUCAAGGGUACCCCCUUUGACUUCAACAACGGUGCUUACGACAACCUCACGAUGUGGGAGCAGAUCGACAACGGUGACCAGUAUACGCCCGCAAAGAAGUUCCUGAUGAUGGUGCCCAUAUGUCUGUUUCUGAUCUCCACCCACUACUCCAGCUACGAUCUGACGCUGUUCGUGUUGAACGGCGUGAUGUGCCUAUGUGUGGUGAUUCCUAAGCUCGCCUCCUCUCAUCGGGUGCGGGUCACGAUCCCAUUCAUCAGCCAUCCCCAGAUCAUUGGUUGA